UGGAUAGUGGAAAGGGAAGUUACAGCAGCGGCAGGAUGAAAGACGCUGGACAGGCGUGUAAAAGCGCACCCACCCCUCUCAAUCUGAUUUUGGAGACUCGAGCGCGGUUUGCCGGCACAAUGCGGAGCGCACCCGCUUUCCCCAGAGGGCUGAUGGAGAGCUCGUUGGUGGCUUUGCUCUGAAAGCGAUGGCCAAGAGCUCAGCUCUGACUGCAGCAGUGCCAGAGGGAGCAGCACCAACCAAGAUAGAGGAGCUCCUGGAGAUCACCGCUCAGAGCCUGGUGCGUGCUGAGGUGGCUGAGCACUAUGAGGUUGUUCGGGAGCUGGGCAGGGGCAAGUAUGGCCAUGUGAUGCUAGUGACCCACCGGCAGAGAGGGACUCCUAUGGCUCUCAAGCUGCUACCCAAAGCCAGUACCAAGCUGCAUACCUUCCUGUAUGAGUAUUGUGUAGCACUGUCCCUCGCCACCCACCCUGCCAUCGUCGGCAUGUUCGGAAUUGCCAUUGAGUCCAGCCAGUACUAUGGAUUCCUCUAUGAAGCGGCGCUGCACAAAGACCUCAUCUCUAUUAUCAAACCCCGUGAUGGGAUCCCCGAGCCGGCCGCCAAGCAGUGUGCCAAGCAGCUCGUGAGUGCGCUGGAGUUCAUCCACAGCCGGGGGCUGGUGUACCGCGACAUCAAGCCUGAGAACGUGCUGCUUUUUGAUCCCGACUGCCGGCUCGUCAAACUCACUGACUUCGGCCUCACGAGGCCCAAGGGUACCAAGCUCAAGCUGGUGGCCGGGGUAAUCCCCUACACUGCCCCUGAGCUGAGCAACACUGCUGAUGCCCAGGGCGUGCCCAUCGACACCAGUAUGGAUGCCUGGGCCUUUGGGGUGCUGCUUUUCUGCCUGCUGACCGGCUACUUUCCCUGGGAGCAGAGCCUGCCAGAGGACCCUUUCUUUGAGGACUUCAUGCAGUGGCAGGAGACAGGCCUAGAAAAGGACGUGCCCCGGCACUGGAAGCGCCUGACAGCCGAGGCUGCCGGGAUGCUGCGGAGCCUGCUGGCUCUGGAUCCCACCAAGCGUGGCCCUGUCAGUGGGGUGCUGCGCUACGUCGGCUGCCCUUGGCGGCUGGAGGGUGGGCGCAGCGAGGAGGCUGCUGUGAAGUCCUAGAGCCUGCUCCCCAUGGCAGGAGGGUCUCAGCCUGCAAGGGGCUUCAGGGUUUGGGCACCAUGGCGGCCCAGAGAGCAACUUCUCUGCAGCACUGUCCCUGCAGCCACAGAGCCAAGCUCCGUCCCCAGCUGACUGCCCUCACCCCAUGACUCAGUGCUGCCCAGUGCCCCUCCUUGUGGCUUGGAAACAUCUUUCUCCUGAAAAUGACUGUGUGUGAAGUAUCCACUUGUUUCCUAGCCACAGGAAGUCCAGGGAGUUAUUUAGGCUGCAGCACCUGCCAUGCCUCAAAAUAGAGUAAAAUAUGUACUUUUGUGUUUCUGUAAGUAGCUCGUUUUCCCUCAUAAUAAAUGCCUGUUCGGACCUACUUGCUUUUGGAAGGCAGGGAGCAUGUCAGAACUUGUAGCUAUCUCAGGACAAGCUGUCCAAGGCAGGGGCCAUCUCUGAAUGCUGCCUGUGCCUGCACCAGGACGCCUGGAAGGUGGCUUCAGGCUGGUGGGGUGGAGGGGCUGGGAAGAUCCCAGCAUGUGGCCAUGGAUGAUGGCUGGGGAGCAUUCAUGGUGUUGAGGUUAUCUCACGCCAGCCCAAACACAUCUCUGCCCUUGCACUGCCUUCAGGUCCUAAGACAAUGUCCUUCAUGCUCUUUUAGAUGCCUGGUUACCUCUCUACAAGACCUUCUCUCUUCCCUUUCCUACCACUUCUUUAACCCUUCCUUAGACACACACACCUCCUAAUGCCCUGAUAGUCUCCUAGGUACACAUUUUGAUCCUGAAAAGGAGUAGCAAAAUGGGAAUUAAGGGUUAAUAGCCCUUUUUUGCUUUUCUACCUCUUUUCAAUCCCCAGGAUUUUGCUGUUGGUAAUAAUCCCUUCCUGCACAUAAUCUGGUCUUUUGCUGGAAUCAUUCACAGCUCAUUUUCCACUCUCAGGGGCUUCAAAACUUCUAAAAAUGCAGUGUCCCAGCACUAUACUUUCUAGCACUUCAGGGUUUUUUUCAUGUUAAGCGCACGUUAAGACCCGCACACACUCUUUCUUCUCAUGCUUCCCCAACCUCUAGCUUUUUUUUCCCCAGCUUCUUCUCAUCUACUGGCAUUUUAGCAUUACUUAACUUCUCUACUGACACUAUCCAUCACCUGGUAAACACCUUUAACUCACUCCUCUCAGCAGCAUCACCUCUGGACUACUAUUUUGUGCUGUUCCUGCUCCCUACAUCACUUAUGCCUCAAGUCUUCCUUCCAACUCCCCAUCCUAGCUUACCAAACAGCAUUAUGCUCACACUGUCCAAGAUGCAGUUUUCUUCUGCUUACUUCCAUCUCUUAGAAUCUUUCGUUACUUGAAAUCAUAGUAAGUGCUGCUAAACUCCAGCCUGCUGAGAUUUGGCUUUAAUUACUCUUUAAUUACUUUAGGAAUAUUAGAGGAAUGUUAGGGUGCCAACAUAGUUCCUGUAUUUAAAGUAGAGAAGCCUUAAGACGAAUGGAUCUAAAGGCCAGUGAAAAAUAAUGGAAAAUUUGUUACAGAUGCUUGCUAAUGGAGAAUUACGGAAUAGGAAUGUGGCUUUUUGGAAAGAGACAUUCAACUUUAUAAUAAAAUCAUGUUUGAUACAGUAAA